UUACGGUACCACAUACGCUUUUUUUAUUUGCACGCGUAUAAGUGAUUGUAAAAACUAAGAUUAUAAGUCAAUAAUAAUAUAUAAAAAUACUAGUUCCCAUAGAGAUCGGUUAUUCCUCUGAGGAAUGCUUAAAAUAUGCGUGUUUCCGGAUUUAUAUUAUUUAUUAUAGUUGCUGUGUUGGUAGGGCUAAGUUCUGGGCUGAAAUAUGAUAACUUUACUGAAUUUGUGGCCAUGGUGGAAAGUAACAUUACAGCUUCGGAAAGUUAUGUCAUUCCAAAAGACAAUUCUGAUCUUUUAAAUACAACAAACUCCACCGUAUACGAUUUUGGAACAUUCGAUUUUAUAAUUGUCGGUGCAGGAGGUGCCGGAGCUGUUCUAGCCAAUAGACUUUCAGAGAUUUCCGAUUGGAAUAUUCUGGUUUUGGAAGCUGGAGGUCUUGAUAAUGAUUUUACGAAAAUCAUUGGAAUGUGCGUGUACACCUAUUUGUCCCCGCUUAGCUGGGGAUACAAUACGACAGCACAAAAGAAUGCUUGUCUAGCUAUGCAAAACCAGGAAUGUUUUUUGCCCCAAGGCAAAGUUAUUGGCGGUGGAACUACCAUUAAUGCUGCAUUAUAUGUAAGAGGUCACCCAGAAGAUUUCGAUAGAUGGGAAAGCGUUUACGGAAAUCCAGGAUGGUCAUAUGCAGAUGUUCUGCCUUACUUCAAGAAAACUGAAAAUGCCGCUUUCGAGCAUGUUGACUUAACUUAUGGAGGAGUUGAUGGUUAUUAUACCGUUAAUCAUUCAUCAAGGACGGCUGGAUUGGAUGAAUUACUAUCACCGUCAUUCGAAAGUAGUGGUCUAAAAUACCUAUGGGACUACAAUGGAGCUGAGGAAGUUGGAUAUUCCCCUUUUCAAUUUUCGACAAAAGGAAACGAACGUACCAGUACUGCUUCUGCCUUCUUACAUGGCUUUACCAGCAGAAGGAACCUAAAUCUCAGCAUCAACAGCUUCGUCACAAAAGUAGCUAUUGACAAUGCGACCAAAACCGCAGAAGGAGUGUAUUUUGUUAAAGAUGGCGUAAACUUUUAUGCAAGAGCUACAAAGGAAGUUAUUGUGUCAGCUGGGGCAAUAAAUUCUGCUCAGUUGCUUAUCAUUUCUGGAAUAGGGCCAAAAAACCACCUAGAAGAAUUAGAUAUUCCUAUAAUUCAAAAUUUACCAGUAGGACAAUAUUUGCAGGAUCACGUGAUGUUUAUAGGAUUAACAAUAAGAACAAAUAAAGUGUUGAACAAUCAAACCCUUGUGGAAAUGCUAGCCCUCUAUGAACAGAAUUUGAGACCUUUGACAUCGGGAUUCAAUACGGAAGUGAUCGCUUUCACUAAUUUCGGACAAAGUCAAAAUGUCAGACCCGACAUAGAAUAUCUUCUAGCAACACCGUCACCCAGCAGUACCGAUGCUCAAUUUAUCUUCAGAAUAAUGAAGACUCUAUAUAGUUUCCUGUCUCUAUUAUGGCUAUGUCCGCUAAUAAGAAUGAAUUGUAUUACGGAACCAGGUUGGAAUGAUAAGUCACAGAGCAUAAAAUGCAAAAAUACUUCGUUACAAUAUUACACUUAUGAUAUACAACAAUUGACACAUUUUAUUUUUUAUUACUCAUUUGGUACGAGGUUAUCUAUUGAAGUCGUUUAUUCGAAUUUUUCGAAUAUCAACUAUUUACCAAAUUAUUUUAAAGAUAUUAGCAAUACUAGGGUAGUAAGGUUAAGAAUAAGGUAUUGUGGAGUACGUACUGUUAGUUACAAUGCCCUAAAUGAAUUUAUUGUGUUAGAAGAGCUCGAUUUAAGUUUCAACCAACUGGAAACUUUAGCAAUUGAUUAUAGCGGAUUAUCUCAUUUGAGGGUAUUGAACAUAUCCCAUAAUCAGUUUUUUACGAUCGAUAUAGGGUCUUUUAAUAGAAUUAUAUAUCUCGAUUUAGGUUACAACAAGAUUGAAGAAGUUAAUAAAACAUCAUAUCUUGGUUCUAGGAGCACAUUAAAUUUACAAUAUAAUUCCAUCAAAAAUGUCAGUUGUAAUGAUGGACCGAAUGGUCAGUUAACUGAGCUCAAUCUAUCCGGAAAUAUCAUAAAUUCGACUCUAUUCGGCAAUAUCCUUAAAUGUUUUCCUACACGAAAACUAAGCUUAACCAAUUCCUCCUUAAAAUUAGAUCAUGACUUUGAACUUCCAUAUACAGAAACUAUCGAUUUAUCUAACAACUCAAUAUCAUAUUUUUCAUUUAAGUUUGAACGUUCUCUAGAAUCCCUGAAUUUGAGUUAUAACAGUUUAAGUACAUUUAAAUCUUCACACACACGCAUCACAAUUAAAAAACUGGAUCUUUCUCACAACCGCAUUAAAAAUGUGGAAGAUUUGGAUAAGACUGGUAAAUACCAUGAUUUAAAUCUUUCAUACAAUAACAUAACUGAAGUAAAACCAAACAUAUUUUCUAGAUUUAAAGAUAUGGAUCUCCUAAACUUGUCUUUUAAUAAACUUUUAAUAAAACUAUCGAAUUAUAGUUUUGUAAAUGAAAUGCAACAAACAGUACCUCUUAAAAUUCUGAAUUUAAAAAAUUGUUCUUUAAUGCUUAUAGAAGUGCAUAGUUUUGUGGGGUUAAAAUAUUUAUCAGAACUUAAUCUAGAGAACAAUAUGUUAGAAUCGAUUAUACCAGGCACAUUUGAUUCCUUAGAAAAAGUUAAGAAAAUUAAUUUAAAAGGUAAUAUAAUAUCUAUUUUAAAAAAUAGAACCUUCCAUAAUCUACGUUAUCUGGAAAAUAUAGAUAUUAGCAAUAAUAGGAUCAAAUUAAUCCAAUCGGAAUUCGUAUACAAUUUGGAAAAUCUGCUUAAAAUUGAGAUUACCAAAAACAAGAUUGAGUCCAUGGUAAUUGAAGAUCGUGCUCUUUGUAAUGUUCCAAGACUCGAAGAACUCAUUUUAAUUGAGAGCAAGAUAAGUAACAUUAGUUGGAAUUUAAUUGCUGAGUCUCUAAAUAAGAAUAAUUACGAAGAAAGAAGUAAAACCAUCGAUAUCAGUAAAAAUCCUAUAACUACUAUAACAUAUGACGGACUUUUAAAGUAUCCAAAUUACAAAGCCACAUAUUUAAAAAUGUCCAUUGCUAGUAAUCUAAAUGAAAGUAGUUUUCAAAGUAUGUCAUAUCUAAAUGAAGUAUUAAUAACCGAUUCACAUAUACCUACUAUAAGAAACGCAUCUUUCUUAGGCUUAUUUGAUCUAUUAACACUCGAAAUAAAAAACUCGACCAUCGAAAACAUUGAAACCAACGCCCUUAUUGGACUAUUCAAUCUGAACAAUUUCCAGGCCAAAGACAUUUUUAGGAAAAUUAAAGUUAUACCUGGUUUUAUCUUUAAAGAUAUGUUCUCUUUAACAGAUUUGGACUUAUCAGAUAUCGGUUUAGUCGAAGUCAUGUCUAGAGCUUUUUACGGAUUGAAGACGUUAAUGAAGCUUCAUUUAAAUCUUAAUAAUCUAAAACACAUAAAUAACGAUACUUUCGUUGAUAUGCAAAGUUUAGAGUUGUUGGAUUUAAGCGACAAUAACUUGAUAAAACUUGAUGAUAAAAAUUUCGAAGGUUUAAUAAAUUUGAAAGAGUUACGACUCAACACCAACUCAAUAAACACUAUUUCCAUUAAAGCUUUUGAGGGUUUGAAUAGUUUGGAAAUUUUACGAAUCGAAGACAAUGAAAUUCAAAAUAUCGCACUGGGAGUGUUUCAGAAUUUCCCGCAACUGAAAACCUUAAAUUUGAACGGGAAUCUUUUGGUAGAGUUUCAAGUUGGCGCCUUUUCAAAUUUGCCUCUGUUAGAGAAUUUAUACAUGGAAAAUAACAAUGUUUCUGCUAUUCUUACGGAAUCGUUGUUGCCGUUAAGAUCUCUGGUUACCUUAGACUUGGAAUGGAAUCAUAUAAAAAAAAUCGAUUAUGACAUAUUAGUAUCGAAUUUUAAUAAACUGAAAACAGUAGGAAUUGCAAAGAACAAAUUUCCAUGCGAUUACUUAAAAGGAAUGAUAGCCAAGUUUAAUAAAUUUCAAAUAAAUUAUGCCACAAAAAAUCCAGAUUAUCACAGUGACAACAUCGAUGGAAUAGAUUGCAUAGACGUGUGUAAAUAUUUGCUUUGUCUAAAAGAUUCACAUGGUAUCAAUUAAUAAUUCUCUUU